GCAAGACCCCUGGGCUUUGCGCGUCCGAUGCUCGUCUCCACCUUCCGGCGGCGCAGCCGGUGGUUUCGCGGAGCGCCCCAGUGUUCGCGCACCCGGUUGAGCCCGCUGCUGGUCCUCCCCUGUCCUCUCCGGCUAGUUCGAAGUCUGUGGGGCUGGAGGGCUUUGCGGUGAGGAACAGAGGCCAGUGUGGAGCUCUUGGGAGGUUGGGGCUGACUCAUCUGGAGUUCCCGACUCCGCUGAGAUUGCACUUGGAAACUUUGCGCUGUGUGUCGGUUUUUGUCUCCCCUGGGGGAGGCUGGAAGGCAGUUCGGCAGGCCCGGUCCGUGGCCAGGACCGUACGCUGGGGGCCAUGGAGUUCACAGCGUCGCCCAAGCCACAGCUCUCCUCCCGGGCCAACGCCUUCUCCAUCGCCGCGCUCAUGUCGAGCGGCGGCUCCAAGGAGAAGGAGGGCACCGAAAACACCAUCAAACCUCUGGAACAAUUUGUUGAGAAGUCAUCGUGUGCCCAACCCCUGGGCGAACUGACCAGCCUGGAUGCUCACGGGGAGUUUGGUGGUGGGGGCAGCAGCAGCCCAUCCUCCUCCUCUCUGUGUACUGAGCCACUAAUCCCCACCACCCCCAUCAUCCCCAGUGAGGAAAUGGCCAAAAUUGCCUGCAGCCUGGAGACCAAGGAGCUCUGGGACAAAUUCCAUGAGCUGGGAACAGAGAUGAUCAUCACCAAGUCGGGCAGGAGGAUGUUUCCUACCAUCCGAGUGUCAUUUUCGGGCGUGGAUCCUGAGGCCAAGUACAUAGUCCUGAUGGACAUCGUCCCUGUGGACAACAAGAGGUACCGCUACGCCUACCAUCGGUCCUCCUGGCUGGUGGCUGGCAAGGCAGACCCACCGCUGCCAGCCAGGCUUUAUGUACACCCAGACUCUCCUUUUACUGGUGAGCAGCUACUCAAGCAGAUGGUGUCUUUUGAAAAGGUGAAACUCACCAACAAUGAACUGGACCAGCAUGGCCAUAUAAUUUUGAACUCAAUGCACAAGUACCAGCCACGGGUGCACAUCAUUAAGAAGAAAGACCACACAGCCUCGCUGCUCAAUCUAAAGUCUGAAGAAUUCAGAACAUUCAUCUUUCCAGAGACCGUUUUCACAGCAGUUACUGCCUACCAGAAUCAGCUGAUAACCAAGCUGAAAAUAGAUAGCAACCCUUUUGCCAAAGGCUUCCGGGACUCCUCCAGGCUCACUGACAUUGAGAGGGAAAGUGUGGAGAGCCUGAUCCAGAAGCAUUCCUAUGCCCGCUCACCCAUCCGUACCUAUGGAGGAGAAGAGGAUGUGCUGGGGGAUGAGGUUCAGACAACACAGAAUCGAGGGUCAGCCUUUACAACAUCCGAGAACUUGUCUCUCAGCUCCUGGGUGUCCUCUUCAUCCAGUUUCCCCGGGUUUCAGCACCCCCAGCCCCUGACUGCACUGGGCACCAGCACAGCAUCCAUAGCAACCCCCAUUCCUCACCCUAUACAGGGCUCGUUGCCACCCUAUGGCCGACUUGGGAUGCCUCUGACACCAUCAGCUAUUGCCAGCUCCAUGCAGGGGAGUGGCCCGACAUUCCCCUCAUUCCACAUGCCCCGGUACCAUCACUACUUUCAGCAGGGGCCCUACGCUGCUAUCCAAGGACUGCGCCAUUCCUCUGCUGUGAUGACACCAUUUGUAUGACUCUUCUAAACCUAGGAGAAUCCAGAUCUAGAAUGUGCAAAUGGAAACAUGAAAGAAUGUCUUUUAUUUCCUGAAGUAUAAAAUUGGAUAUAGCCUCUUUAGUAGACUCUAUCACAGUUCUGUCGUUUGCUGUGUUCAUUUGCUUAAGGAAUUGCGUGAGAACAGUCACUGUGAUGAAGUGUGUGUGUUGGGGGUGGGGGGAAGGGCAGGGGAAAUGUUUUAUGAAAAAAGAAGUUAUAAGCUUAAUACUAUGAAGUAACAUCUAAUGAAGUUCUUUUUAAGUGCAAUAUAUUUAUUUCUGCUAGAAAUGUAUUAUCAACAUUAUGUAAUAUUUGAAGCAUUACAUGUUAUUUGUAAACAGCUUAAAAUUAUAUAUUACCCAAAAUUGUACAGAAGUACACAUGUGCGGAUAUUAAUUUCUUUCAUUAAAAAUGGUGUGUUUUGAUAUAUAUGCACACAUUUACACCUUUCUUUAUC